AUGUUUUGCGGGGGGGGUUUAUGCGCGCCGCAUGGUGUGCCGGCCAUUGCCGCCCGGCGCCUCCAGGUUCGAGCGGGGCGUGCGCCACCGGCCAGUGGCAAAUGCGCGAAGAAUUUAUCUGCGUCUAAUGUUGGGCCGCUGAAUGGAUUAAGCGUGGGGGGUUGCGCGUCGGGUUUCCUGGCGGUUGCCUUAUCAAAGUCGGCCAGCUCAGGGGUCCAGAACGGGGACUGGCGUCGAUUGCCCUCCGGCACUGCUGCCUUUGUGGCAAGCCGUGUGCCAGAUGUGAUGUGCUUCUCUAUGGUGUCUAUGCGAUUCAUGCCUCGUUUUAGCUUGCAGUGUGAGUUGGUCAGUGCGCGGAACUUCGACCAGUUUGCCUUCUUCCAUGUAAGCAAGGUCUUAUAG